UGAGAAGUGACUAAACAGCCCCAAGUGACACCGUUGGUUUAAGAAAUAGGAGUUUCCCAUCGGCAGAGACCUGUUUGCAGUUCUCUUUGUAGGAGGGGCUACGGACCUAUAUAGUCUCAGGGCAAAGCUGCUGAGAGUUUAGCCUGGGUUACACCGUGUACAAGGUAGUGGGAAAUCAGGCACAUAGAAACAUGUCUGGGAAACCCAAGCUGCACUACUGCAACGCGAGAGGCCGGAUGGAAUCAAUACGGUGGCUGCUGGCAGCAGCCGGGGUUGAGUUUGAAGAAUGUUUUCUGGAAACAAAAGAUGAUCUGGCAAAGUUACGGACGGAUGGAUCCCUGCUGUUCCAGCAAGUGCCCGUGGAGGAGAUAGAUGGGAUGCAGAUGGGGCAGACCAGAGUCAUCGCCAACUCCAUAGCAGCAAAGUACAACCUCUACGGGAAGGACCUGAAGGAGAGAGCCCUAAUUGAUAUGUACGUGGAAGGAAUAAUAGAUCUGAACGAGUUACUCAUGACCUAUCUCUUCCAACCAGCGGAUAAAAAGGAGCAACAUUUAGCUACUAGCCUGGACAAGGCCACAAACAGAUACCUCCCAGUCUAUGAGAAGGUUUUGAAAGACCACGGACAAGACUUCCUUGUUGGCAACUGCUUUAGCAGGGCAGACGUGCAAUUACUUGAAGUCCUUUUAACGGCAGAAGAGUUCAAGCCUGAUAUACUUGCCAAAUUUCCUCUCUUGCAGAGUUUUAAGGCAAGAAUAAGUAAUAUCCCUACAAUAAAGAAAUUCCUGCAGCCCGGCAGCCAGAGGAAACCACCACUACAGGAGAAAGAUUUACCAAGACUGAUGCAAAUUUUCCAUUAAGCACCAUCCUAAACCAAGAGAAACUCUAUUUCAUUGUCUUUGUAUUUGCUAAUAGCGGCAAAGUGAUACUAAUGAAAACAGUGAAAAGGUUUUCGAUCCCUCUUUCCUUAGCUACAGAACUGGUUUUAGCCUCCUGCAAACACUUCCAAGGUAAAUCUACACGAGCACACCAGCGAAUGAAAUAGUUCACUGAACUGGGGGGUACAAUGAACAACAGAGGAUGUCUUAAAUUACUUAAGAGAUCACCUGAAAUAAAGUCUUACUGUUGACACUCAAAA